AUCUGUGAUGUCAUGUGAUCGGGGAAUGCAGAGUGGAUGAAGUAAACGCGCUCUAACCCUGCAGCCUACCCAAUGAUGACAAUCCCAUGUAUGAAACUGUCCAGAAUAUCCCUGUAUCCCUACAAGACACAGACUCCCCUUGGGUCACCUGAGGUCAGAUCCACUUUCCACAUCCACAUCCCUACGUGCUUGUUGGCCUGUACAAAGCCCCCACCUGGACACCAUGGCUGUUUUUCAGAGAUGAAAACGUGCCAAACUGCCUCUAAGCAAAAGUCUGUAAUGUGUUAACAGGAUACACUACACCUUGGUCAGGUGGUGUGCCCACAAAGUCGCUGGAGCACAAAGAGGAUGGCGAUAACUGGCUUAUAACCAGCACAGGAUAAGAUUGCACGGUUGUUAUCGAGUCCUUCUGUGCUUCACCCUACACUGCAUUGUCAAAGGUGUCAGUUUAAGGGCUUAAAUAUUCAUAAAAAUGAUAGAGAUAAUAACACUCAUGUAUUGCACAUAUACUAUAAGAUGUUUUUGAAGAUGACUCUUGCAGAGAAGUGUUUGAUCAAUUUAAAUAUGUUUUGACCUUUAUUAGGCCAGAGAAUUCAGCCAUUGCACGUUUGGUUGCUUCUGUCAACUUCAUCGUGUGUAAAGUUGCAUUGAACGAUAACACACAUGAUGGAGUGAGGUCAGUAUAUCAGACGACAGGUGGAACUGGUAACUUUGCACUGCUGGUGACAUGGUUACAGGCCGUCCCAGAGGAUCGACAACAUCUCCACCUCAACCCCCUCUCAGCCUGUGUUGAAUCAUGUAAUUAAAGGCAGAAUCCCUCAACAUGGUGGCCAGGACAAAGAGAGAAAAAGUGAAGAUCAAGGGAACUGUUUUCCUCUCAGGGAGCCGCCUACAAGACAAGAGCAUCAUUUCCCUGUAUGAGCGCACAGAGAAGCGUUUUGCACCAUGAAGCGCAGUAAGCACCGCGGACACAAGGAGGACAAAAAUGGAGAUGAGCCGGCCAUUUUGGAGACAGAACACAUGGGCAUGUUUAUGGGAGGAGGCCAAGACCUGGACACCAUCUCAGUGGCCUCAGUCACCGCCGUCACCACCAAUGUAUCAAAUAAGAGGUCAAAGCCAGACAUCAAGAUGGAGCCCAGUUCAGGAAGACCAGUCGAUUACCAAGUCAGUGUGACAGUGAUUGAGGCCAGACAGCUGGUGGGACAGAACAUGGAUCCGAUGGUCUGCGUAGAGAUUGGAGAAGAUAAAAAGUACACCUCGAUGAAAGAAUCGACCAACUGCCCGUAUUACAAUGAAUAUUUUGUGUUCGACUUCCACGUCCCUCCAGAUGUUAUGUUUGACAAAAUCCUGAAGUUGUCUGUAAUCCACUCUAAAAACCUCCUGCGUAGUGGAACACUGGUUGGAACCUUUAAACUGGAUGUUGGCACAAUCUACUCACAGCCAGAACAUCAGUUUUACCACAAAUGGGCGCUGUUGUCUGACCCUGACGACAUCACAGGAGGUUGUAAAGGAUAUGUGAAGUGUGAUGUUGCAGUUGUGGCCAAAGGAGACACAAUAAAGACUCCACACAAGGCCAAUGAGUCUGAUGAAGAUGACAUAGAGGGGAAUCUCUUAAUACCUGAAGGGGUGCCGGCAGAGCGACAGUGGGCUCGCUAUUACCUGAAGAUCUACAGAGCGGAGGGACUCCCAAGAAUGAACACCAGCAUCAUGGCCAAUGUGAAAAAGGCCUUCAUAGGAGAAAAUAAGGACCUGGUUGAUCCUUAUGUUCAAGUGCUGUUUGCUGGGCAGAAGGGGAAAACAUCGGUUCAGAAGAGCUGCUACGAGCCCAUCUGGAAUGAGCAAAUAGUUUUCACCGAGAUGUUUCCUCCGCUGUGCAAACGCAUGAAGAUCCAGAUCCGUGACUCGGAUAAAGUGAAUGACGUUGCAAUGGGAACACACUUCCUUGACCUAAAGAAGAUUUCCAAUGAUGGGGACAAAGGCUUCCUUCCAACUCUGGGCCCUGCCUGGGUGAACAUGUACGGCUCCACUCGGACCUACUCCCUCAUGGACGAGUACCAGGAGUUGAAUGACGGACUCGGCGAGGGCGUGUCCUUCAGAGCUCGUCUGCUCGUCAGCCUGGGUGUUGAGAUCCUGGACCCCUCCUCUCCCGACUGUUCCAGCUCCACCGAGGUGCAGGUGGAGGGAGUGCCCAACAUCUCAGAGACCGCAACCGGGAAAGUUGAGGAAUUUUUCCUCUUCGGUUCGUUCCUCGAGGCUACAAUGAUUGAUCGGAAGAUCGGUGAUAAACCCAUCAACUUUGAGGUCACCAUAGGUUACUAUGGAAACGAAGUUGAUGGAGUGGUCCAGCCAAAGAGGAAAGGGAAGAAGGGCGAGGGCGAUGAGGAGGAAACAGAACUGAUACACAACUCGAGUGACGAGGAGAUGGAGGACGACGGGGACCUGACAUCAGUGGCUACUACACCUCUUAUGAAACCUGUCGUCACUGAUCGAAACUACUUCCACUUGCCCUAUUUUGAGAGGAAGCCUUGUUUCUACAUCAAGAGCUGGUGGCAGGAUCAGAGACGGAGGCUGUUCAAUGCCAACAUCAUAGACAACACCGCAGAUAAACUGGAGGAUGGACUAAAUGACGUGCAGGAAAUCAUUAAGACAGAGAAGGCCUAUCCUGAGCGCAGACUCAGAGGCGUCCUGGAGGAACUCAGCCAUGGAUGCAGUCAGUAUCUUUCGCUGGCAAACAAGGACCAGAAUCAGUCCGGUAGAACCAAACUUGACAGGGAGAGACUGAAGCUGUGCAUGUCAGAAGUGGAAUCCAUCGGCCAGCAAGCGAAGGCCAUGAGGACCCAAGUGAAGAAAAGUACAGUUAGAGAUAAACUCAAACUGGCCCAGAACUUCCUGUCAAAGCUGCGCUUCCUGGCUGAUGAACCUCAACACAGCGUUCCGGAUGUUUUCAUAUGGAUGAUAAGUAACGGGAAGCGCAUUGCUUAUGCACGUGUCCCCUCCAAAGACAUUCUAUAUUCUAGUACAGACGAGGAGAGGGGAAAGGACUGUGGCAAAGUCAAAACUAUGUUCCUCAGGAUUCCUGGAAAGAAAGGCUUUGGGCCCGCGGGCUGGACAGUCCAGUCCAAGAUAGAGAUUUACUUUUGGCUCGGUCUAACCAGGCAGCGCAAAGACUACCUGAAUGGCCUUCCAAAUGGAUUUGAGGAAAACAAGUUGUCCAAAGGACCCGGCCUGCCAUGCACGCCUCCCAUUAGCCUCACUUACAUGAUGAAACAAAUCUUCCAGCUGAGGGUCCACAUGUACCAAGCCCGCAGCCUGUUUGCUGCUGACAGCACUGGCCUGUCUGAUCCAUUUGCCAGAGUUUUCUUCUCAACACAGAGUCAAGUCACUGAGGUGUUGCCUGAGACCCUCUGCCCCACAUGGGACCAGCUGCUGGUCUUUGAGAAUGUGGAGUUGUUUGGCGAGGCCAACGAACUGAGAGACGACCCUCCAAUCAUUGUCAUUGAGAUCUAUGAUCAGGACACAGUGGGCAAAGCCGACUUCAUGGGCAGAACCUUUGCUAAGCCUGUGGUCAAGAUGGCAGACGAACACUACGGCCCCCCACGCUUCCCUCCACAGCUGGAGUACUAUCAGAUCUACCGCGGGAACUGUGCCGCUGGAGAAAUGCUGGCAGCGUUUGAACUGCUGCAGAUUGGACCCAAUGGGAAAGCCGACCUGCCUCCGAUAGACGGGCCUACAGAUAUGGAACGUGGUCCAAUCAUGCCAGUGCCACUGGGAAUCCGACCGGUGCUCAGCAAGUACAGGAUUGAGGUUUUGUUCUGGGGCUUGAGAGACUUGAAGAGAGUGAAUCUGGCCCAGGUGGAUCGGCCUCGUGUGGACAUCGAAUGUGCUGGGAAGGGGGUUCAGUCAGCCCUCAUCCCCAACUACAAGAAAAACCCCAACUUCAGCACCCUCGUCAAGUGGUUUGAAGUGGAUUUGCCCGAGAAUGAGUUGCUUCACCCGCCGCUGAACAUCCGCGUGGUGGACUGCAGGGCUUUUGGCCGCUACACUCUGGUCGGCUCCAACGCCGUCACAAGCCUCCGGAAGUUCAUCUACAGGCCGUCAGACAAGCAGGCCAACAACUGGUCCUCAAACAAUACUGAGGAAAUUAUUGUUGUGAAUAUGGAACCUGAGCCUUCUUAUAAGAAGAUGGACACUGUGGUCAAACUAGACUGUGGCUCUGAUGCUGUGGUCAAAGUUGAGGACGACGAUAAGGACGGGAAGGGGAAAAAGAAGAAGAGGAAGAAGGGCGAUGAGCCUGAGGAGGAGGAAUUCGAUGAGAGCAUGUUUGACUGGUGGUCCAAAUACUUUGCCUCCAUUGAAACUUUGACAGAGGCACUCAAAGCUCAAGAAGCAGCUCUGUCAGACUCCGAGGACAAAGAUGACAUGGACAUCACAGACAGUGGAGACAUCAAACCUGAUGACUCUCCUGUGAAAGGCUCCAAGCGAGGAAGAGGAAAGAAGGACAAGAAGAAGAUGACAAUCGACCCGUUUGAGAGGAAAAAGCCAAAGCUGGACGAGCUGAAGGUUUAUCCUAAGGAGCUAGAGGGCGAAUUCGACAACUUUGAGGACUGGCUUCACAGUUUCAACCUGUUCAGGGGAAAGGGAGGCGAUGACGACGACCAGAACGUGACGGACGAAGACCGGAUUGUUGGAAGAUUCAAAGGCUCACUGUGCAUGUACAAAGUGGCAGAUGAUCUUCCCAGAGACUUUGACUCCAACAUGGGAAUGUUUCAGAACAUUCCUCACAAUGAUCCCAUCAAUAUCCUUGUCCGCAUCUAUGUCAUCAGGGCGACUGAUCUGCACCCGGCUGAUAUUAACGGAAAAGCCGACCCGUACAUCGCAAUCAGACUGGGAAAGACAGAGAUCAAGGAUAAAGAGAACUAUAUCUCAAAACAGCUGAACCCUUUGUUUGGAAAGUCUUUUGACGUUGAGGCCACAUUCCCAAUGGAUUCCACGCUCACCGUGUCAAUCUACGACUGGGACCUGGUGGGAACCGACGAUCUGAUCGGAGAAACCAAACUGGACCUUGAGAAUCGCUUCUACAGCAAACACAGAGCCACGUGUGGUAUCUCACGUAACUACGCCAUCCAUGGUUACAAUGUUUGGAGAGACCCAAUGAAACCCACACACAUCCUGGCGAAGCUGUGUAAGGACGGCAAAGUGGAGGCGCCCCAGUACGGCCCAGGUGGAAGAGUGAAGGUGGAGAACCGCGUCUUCAUGGCUCCGACUGAGAUCGAGGACGAAAAUGGUUUGAAGAAGCAGACGGAUGAACACUUGGCUUUGACCGUGUUGAAGCACUGGGAGGACAUCCCGCGGGUCGGAUGCAAACUGGUACCAGAACACGUGGAAACGCGACCACUGCUGCACCCGGACAAACCUGGGAUUGAACAAGGAAGAAUUGAGAUGUGGGUGGACAUGUUCCCCAAAGACAUGACUGCCCCUGGUCCCGCACUCGAUAUUUCACCAAGGAAACCAAAGAAGUUUGAACUGAGGGUGAUCAUCUGGAACACGGAUGAAGUCGUGCUGGAGGACGACGACAUCUUUACCGGCGAGAAAUCGAGUGAUAUCUUUGUGCGAGGUUGGUUGAAAGGGCAGCAGGAGGACAAGCAGGACACUGACGUCCACUACCACUCCAUCACCGGGGAGGGCAACUUCAACUGGCGCUUCGUCUUCCCCUUCGACUACCUCAUGGCUGAGGAGAAGAUCGUCAUCUCCAAAAAGGAGUCCAUGUUCGCCUGGGACGAGACGGAAUACAAGAUCCCGGCUCGUCUGAAUCUGCAAGUGUGGGACGCCGACCAUUUCUCUGCAGACGACUUCUUGGGUGCUAUUGAGCUGGACCUGAACCGCUUCCCGCGUGGCGCGAAGACUCCGAAGCAGUGCACCAUUGACAUGGUGACGAACGAAGGAGACAUGCCCAUGGUCUCCAUCUUCAAACAGAAGCGGAUCAAAGGCUGGUGGCCAUUCGUGGCCAGAAAUGAAGAUGAAGAGUUUGAACUGACAGGCAAAGUGGAAGCAGAGCUGCACCUUCUGACCGGAGAGGAAGCUGAGAAAAACCCUGUCGGCGAAGGACGCAACGAACCGGAGCCGCUGGAGAAACCCAACCGCCCCGACACCAGCCUUCUGUGGUUCCUCACGCCCCUCAAAGCCAUUAAACACUUGCUCUGCACCCAGUACAAGUGGCUGACCAUCAAGAUCGUGACCGCGCUCCUGCUGCUGGCCUUGCUGGCUCUUUUCCUCUACAACAUGCCUGGUUACAUGGUCAAGAAAAUGCUGGGAGCUUGAGGGUGUUGCUCAGUCACCUCCUGCACAAGCCGCCCUGACAUCGCCCUCCUCUGGUUCCUCAUCCCGUUCAAAGCUGCGAAGCACCUGGUGUGCGACCAGUACAGGUGGCUGACCAUCAAGAUUGUGACCGCUCUCCUGCUGCUCGCCAUCUUGGCUCUUUUCCUGUACAACAUGCCUGGUUACAUGGUGAAGAAGAUGCUGGGCGCCUGAGUUAAAACCGGCAGAUGAUACUUUUUUUUUUCCCAAAGAGUGUGAACUUCCAUCAUGAUUUGUAUUUUUGUGAGCGUUUUUUUUUUGCAACUUGACAAAGUUCUUAUGCCUUCUUAUUAUUAAAAGAGCUUCUUCACUUUGAGUGUGCUUAUCAUUAUCGUUAUUAAUGUACAAAUUCAAACUCGUUGCUUCUGCUGCUGUGACAACUGUUUUUUUCUUUGUUUUUUCGUCACCUAUAGAAAGAGUUUUGAUUAAAUUGUUAGGAUUUUAGCACUAGUUGGGUUUUAAUCCGAUUUUCUUGCUUGAAAACGUUGUUAUCAAGGAAAUAAAUGUUUUGUCUCUGUACUGUAUGUAUGAAUAAAUUGAUCUGUGAACUAUUC